AUGGCCGCGGCCGACGACGCGUCGUCCGUCGCGCUCCUGCGCGCCCUGCGCUCCGGCGCCGUCGAGUCCACCUUCGUCCACCGCAUCGACGUCUGCUCCGCCGAUCCCGCGGACCUCGUCGCCGACCUGGAGCCGGUGCCGGGGACCGAUCUCGCCGAAGGCGGCUACAGCAGCAUAUGGUACUUCUACUGCCCCAAGCGGUACAAGAACGCCCAAGGCAAACCAAGCGGGCACAGGCAGCGCGCCAUCGCCGGCGGCGACACGUGCUGGCACUCGGAGACUCGCCCGAAGCCCGUCAAGGGUCUCGACGGCGCCACGCUCUGCAACCUGUCCUACGGCCGCAAGGAGGGCUCGAGCAGAUCGUUCAACCGCAUGGGAUGGUGUAUGACUGAGUACGACGACGACGAAGGCGGCGGCGGCGGCCACGUGCUGUGCAAGGUUUAUCGAUCUUCAUCCUCUCUCGCCAGGGCGAAGUUGAAGCAGUCGUCGUCGUCCGAGCAGACAGCCCAGCGCUCUUCUACCUGUAACAAGAGAAAGGCGAUGGCCGACCACCCUCAGGCGCCGCCGAACAAGAUCAGACACGCGCAGGCCUGCGCCAGCACCAGUAGCUACGCCUGCGUCGAUCAGGACUUCUAUCAGCAUGUGGAUCAUCAGGUGCAGGAGCCCUUGCUUAGUUACGAGCCAGUCGGCAUAGAUUGCGAAUCCCUGUUCCAAGCUGAGAAGGAGCAGGAGCAGGUUCAGCAGAACACCAUGGUGACCGCCGAGGUGGAGCAGUUUCAGCAGAACACACUUGUGGCCACAGCCGAGGAGGAGCAGCUUCAGCAGAACAACCUGGUGACUUCCGGGGAGCAGCAGCUUCAGCCGCACACCAUGGACGGCUUGUUGGGCGGCCAGGGGUACCACGAGUAUGGUAGCUGCUCAGCGGACACCCAGUUCACGGUGGAUGAGUUUGUAGAGAGCAUUCAGUUCACCAUGGAGGAGUUGUUGGGCGGCCCGGUCUACGGCGAGUACGGUGGCUGCUCCCCAAACACCCAGUUCACCAUGGACGAGAUGUUCAGCAGAUGCUACGGGCCCCCGACAGCAGUGGCACCAACGGAUGCUGGCUUCUUUGACGGCCUCGCCUUCUGA